AUGGCUGCUGGUCCAAGUCAAGAGGUUGUGAUGCACUUUGCUCGAGAGGGUGGCCCUCCAACAUUCCUUUGUCUUCUGCUUAAGAUGUUGUUAGAUCAAACAAAGAUACCUCCUCUUGCAUAUGGCGUGUUGGAAACCCUUUCCGCUAAGACUUUUGCUACUCAAAUUCGCACUCUUAUUGACUAUAUUGUUGCUUUUCUACAAGCAAUGAGAAACGAUGCAAACAACCAGAGAAUAUUUAUUAAAAAAGCGGUUGUUUCUCUGAAUGAUCUAGUUUGGAAGUACAAUGUUAUUCCUUUGGAUCGUCUACUGCUGUGCAUGACUCUCAGACACUAUGACAUACAUGAGCUGAAUGUAUUACUACUCAUCAUUCAUGUGCUAUUGGCAAGGACACGAGAAUUCAAAGAUCGUGUUACUGCUUUUCUUGCUGAGAAUUCUCCAGAAUAUUGGCUUCAAAGUGAUUGGCAUAUGAAACAUGUUACUUUCCAUCAGAAUCAUCCCGAGUUGAUUUAUUUUGAGGGCAUCCAGGAUCGAGCAGCUCACAGUCAAAAAACAUAUUUGCCAAUUUACUAUGGAAAUGUGUGCCUUCGAUUCUUGCCGGUAUUUGAUAUAUUUUCUCAUCGACUUAUUGAGCUGCUGCCACAAACAUUGCAGUCAUUGGAGCAGCUUCUUGAUGCUUUUGGUGGUUUGUAUAGAUUUCAUGAUCGACCUUUGACGCAUCUCUACCACACAUUGCAUUACUACCAUAGCAAGUUGGCAGACAAUCCUGGAAUCAAGAAAAAGCUAGUUGGAGCUGUGCUAGGUAAAAGUUCAUUGGAUAGGUUGUCUGCUUGGUGUUUGUCUCAGAGCUACGUAGAGUAUCUUACAUCAGACUCAGCAUCUCAGUGGCGACCGGAUGAAAAUUACUUCAAUGCAGUAGUGCAACGGUUCAUGGAAGUGAUUAAUGGUCAAGUUCCUCAGCAAUUCAACAGGGGUGAUUGGCGGUUUCUUGAACUGUCAACUCCUGUGCUGCAUGUGUUGUAUACGACUAGUGUUGAGCUGUUGGCAUUGCCAAAUCAACAUGGAUCUGCUGUUGGAAGGUCAUUGCUAGAUGUGGUUGCUAUGGGAGCUAACCGUUCCAGCAUGUCAGUUAUCAAUGCGGUAUCUUUGCUGUUGACUGCCUUACCAAUAUCAUGCUGGAAGGUCUUGAAUGACCAAUUUAUGAUAAAUCUUCAAGAUUUGAACUCGACUGAUCAAUUAUCAGGUUUUGGUUCAAAUGAGUCAGAGAAACCGUUUAGUUUAGAAGACCUUCUUGCACCUCCUGCCAAGAAGCAGAGAUUAAGCAUUGAAUCAGAUGUCAAUGCGACUGAUGGAUUUGAUCAAUUGUUUGACAAAUCAUUUGGAGAAGCAGCAUCACGGACCCUUGUUUUGUGCUCAUCAUUCUGGCAUCAUUCAAGUGUUGGGCAACUAAUGUCUUUUGCAAGUUUUAUCAAAGAUAUAGAACCGUCUGUUCACACAGAAAAGCAGCUAAUGUACGUGUUUUAUUUGGUUGCACCAAUGCUUGGACGUUUUCACUUGGAACGACCCAGCAGUAUCCUUGAAAUUGUUCUUGCUCUGUACAACAUUCUGAGAACAGUGGAUGCUAGUGGUGGUGUGAGCCAGAACGUUGAUCUCAUCUGUGAUCUCUUUUAUCACAUUAAGUACUCGUUGAUUGGUGAUGCUGGCAAGGAUGACAUUAGUGAGAUCAUAUCAAGUCUUCAACCACACUCUACGUUGUCUUCAAGACUCAGCUUUAUGUUAGCACCAUCAAAAUCUUCUGAAGUAGGCGUAUCGGAAACUGCAUGAAUGUAUUGAAUUUUUGAUGCAAAGUAAGUUUAUUAAGGUGUUGGAGCUGUGUAAUGUAAAUCAAGCAUUAGUAUUUAGUAGUAUGACUGUCUCCCAUAUAAUUGUUUGUGGUUGCAUAUGUUUGGUUAUAGAAUCUCUCAAUAGGUAAACUGGCUAUUAUACUAUAGUAAAUGAAGCUGUGUUCUACUCGCUUCAGAGCUACGUGUGUGUG